AUGAUACGUUACAGAUACGGUAUCCUUACGAUACUUUUUUGCUGUGUUCACCUUCCUUCUGCCACUCACCUUGCCACUGUUUUACCACUCACCUUCCCACUCCUCUGCAUGCUGGUCCUGCCAGGGCAUCCCUCUUCAUCUGCUAUGGGUGCAGUUGUAGCAGCAGCGCCUGUCGAAGCACCACUACGUAGGGUGACAUGGGUGGACGAGGCAUCAUGGGUUGACGAGGCAUCAUGGGUUGACGAGGCAUCAUGGGUGGACGAGGCAUCAUGGGUGGACGAGGCAUCAUGGGUUGACGAGGCAUCAUGGGUGGACGAGGCAUCAUGGGUGGACGAGGCAUCAUGGGUUGACGAGGCAUCAUGGGUGGACGAGGCAUCAUGGGUGGACGAGGCAUCAUGGGUUGACGAGGCAUCAUGGGUGGACGAGGCAUCAUGGGUUGACGAGGCAUCAUGGGUUGACGAGGCAUCAUGGGUGGACGAGGAAGCAGCGGUGUGCACAGGUGGGUGGGUAGACCAGGCAGCAGUGUUCGGAGCAACAGCAUUUGUUGGAGAAACACGGGUGGAAGUGGCAGAAGCGGUUGUGGUUGGCGCUGCAGCAGUGGUGUUGACAACAGCAGGCGGGAUGGAAGCGGCAGCUGGGGAGGGGUGGCGGUAG